AUGGCAGAUAGUGGAAGUAAAAUAGGAGAAGAUGAUGAAGUUCCUGGUCGUGUGAAGGUAAAUUUGUGUCAACCAUGUUUAAGUAAGGAUAAGCAAACUGGAGCUGACACGUUUUGCUCAACUUGUAAUGAAUUCCAAUGUAAUGAUUGUUCAAAUGUACACAACGUGCUCGCCAUAUUGAAAAAUCAUGAAUUGGUGAGCGUGAAAGAAGCUAAUGCUUUCACUACUUUGUUUGAAAUGAAGAACUUAGAUUUAUGUGAUCAACAUGAAAAACUUUUUGAAUACUUUUGUGAAGAUGAAAAGAAGCUUUGCUGCAGUACUUGUGCUAUUGAUAACCACCGAAAAUGUGACAACGUUGUAGAAAUUGAGAAGAUUGCCGGAAAAAUAACCUCACCAACUUCUACCUUAGCGAAGAAAUUGAAGGCAGCAAAAAAAGUUGCUGAGAGUGUUGCGAGACAUGUUUGCUCUUCAAAAGAUCAACUUGCUCACGAUGUAAAAGAAAUACAUGAAAUGAUUAAACAUAUGCGAAACGAAGUAAUCAGAAUGUUUGACGAUUUAGAAGAUACCGUCGCCAAGAGAGCUAAAAUUCUUCAGAGAGAAACAUUAGAGAUUCUGUCAAAGAAACAAACACAAAACGAGAAACAUUUGGCUGAUGUUACAUUGUGCUUAGAGACGAUUGAAAGUAUUUUCAAAAAUGGAACUCCAGUGCAGAAAUAUAUAGCAGAACAGAAAAUGGAGAGUAACGUCAAUGCUCUCUGCAGAAACAUUAAGGAGGACUGCCAGAAGUCAGAGACGGUUAACAUUUCUUUUCAUUUUGACGAAACAUUAAAACUACCUCCAUUACCAAUUACAGAAUAUGUUCCAGGACAAUUAUUAUUAAAGUCUACUCGCAAGGGAGAUUUUGAUAAGGCGAUGAAGUUAACACCAGUUUCCGCUAUUGUUUUGAAGAAGACGGGAGAUGACAUCAAUAAACCGUUCUAUACAGGCAUAGAUUUUCUGCAUGAUGGCAGACUGGUGGCUAUGGAUUACAUAAACAAGAAAUGUUUAGUGUACAAUGAGAAGCUUGAGAAAGUAGGAUCAUUUAAGCUAUCUUACUACCCAUUAUCUGUUGUUGCAGUAUCUGAGGAGGAAGUUGCGAUAACACGUGGUGAUGAAUACAAUAUAGAAUAUCUACAUGUUAGUAAAAGUAAUGAAAUAACUUCAAGAAGGACAUGUAAAGUGAAAACGAAAUAUGACUCUAUUUGUUUGAAAGAUGAUAAACAGUUUGUAGUAGGGACUUUUGAUGAACCAAGACCUGUUCGUAUUGUAUCAUUCAAAGGAGAGGAGCGUGAUUUUAAAGUAAAGUUUCCAAACAAGACAUAUCCUAUAGGCUCUAGCGCUUGUACUUACAUAAAGAGCUGUGACAAAGUGGUGAUAACAGAUAGAGACGAGCAUACUGUCUACAUAUAUGAUAUCAAGACAGACACGAGAGUCUUAGUGAAGGAUGAUCAGAUACAGGAACCAUGUGGUGCAGCAGUUGGCCCUUCUGAUACUGUCCUGGUGUGUUGUCGUAACACAAACUGUAUUGUACAGAUAUCUCAAAGAGGUCAGAUAUUAUCAUCGUACAAGUUAGAUAUGACAUAUCCAUAUGAAGUGUGUGUCUCACGUUAUAAAUCUUUUCUUGUUGUUGCAAAUAACUGUCCUGGAAAUAUGAAAAUGCAGAAAUUCAAAAUAUCAUGUUAG